AUGCGUUCAGCUAGCGACCCAUUGGACGACAAAGGCCCUCAAUUAUUCGAGGACGGUUGCGCAGCUGUUUGUGUGCCAGUGUGUGUCUCGUCAUUUCCCGCCGCCGCCACCCAACCCUCUCUUCGUGUGUGGCCCGACAAGAUGGAGUCGGAAUCGUCAAAUGGGUUCAAAAGGAACUCAGUCAACAAAGGAUCAUAUAGUCGCCCUGUGGAACGGCGCCCCAGCAAAAAAUCAUCGUCGAAGGACCGUCAUGGAAUGGUCUACCCCGACAGCUUCAGGGAUACUGGCAUCCGAACGGUGACGCCGGACUCCACCCAUGAAGCCACCAGCCAGUCACCUUUGUCGGAGACGGAGUAUCUUUCGUCAAGCGCAGCUCCCUCCCCUCGUGUCACCGCCCGAACAAGAGCUUCCGACCUAGAACCGCCCCACGAUUUUCACUCUUAUCACUCGGCGGGGGAUGAGGAGGAGACCCAGGUGGAAUCGAGGAGCCUGCGAGCGCGCUCUCGAACGACAACGUUGGAUGAUCAGCGCAGCGAAAUUUCCCCUAGCUCGUUCCUGACCAGGAGCCGAACCCGCCUCGGCUCCAUUAACACCACGGGGUCGCAGGGGAAGACGUCCGAAGAGCAGUCGGGUUCCAUCGGUUAUCCCUCGAUACAAUCGCCAACCCAACUUAGCCAAUCCCUCGGUCGCCAACGAUCAACCAAACCGCCUGGGAGCUCGGGCCUCGUCACGAGCGUGGCGACGAGCCAAGCGUCGAAUCCGCUGUCGAGUACUGAUGCGCCCAAAAUCCUGCAGCUAAUGAAGACCACCUGCGGACGGAUGCAUGGCAUCCUUUCAUUCCGGACGGAGUCCACAACAGCUUGGACGUCCGGCUACUGCGCUAUCAAUGUCGCCACGGGGAGUCUGAUCUACCAGGCGAAAGGGGAGCCUGCAUUGGCCAAAACUCUAAUCCCCGAUCUUCGUGGCUGCCAGGUUCGCUCUCUUGUCGACCCAGAACUUCGGACGAAUUAUCUCAGUGUGUCCACAUUCACCUCCGGCCUCGGCGUGGAAUUGAGACCCCAUGUAAAUGAGACGUUUGAUUCCUGGCUUGCUGCGCUGCUGUGUUGGCAACCGAUCAGACCGAAGGGCGUCCAGAACAAGAUGACCAAGCCCCAGUCGGUUGCAAUAGGCGACCGCCGAACGGCUGACCGUCGGCGAAACUCCGAAAGCACAGUUCAAAAAGACGCUGCCAUCAUCAAAGUGGGCAAGAUGCUUCUCUGGACCCGGCCGAGUGUGUCGGGAGUCCGACCCUCGUCGGGGCGGCGGGUCUCAACCUACCGACAGCAGCGAGCCCUGUCGUUGUCGUGGCAGAAAGUGAGCUGCACACUACAGGAGAAUGGUGUCUUCAAGCUUUUCACCGAGUCGGACAUCAGCCUAGUGGCGUGCAUUCAAUUGUCCCAGCUAUCUCGCUGUGCUGUGCAGCAAUUGAACUCCUCGGUGCUGGAUGAUGAAUUCUGCAUCGCCAUCUAUCCGCAAUACGCGGCCCAUGCUGUGUCUGGACUGACCCGUCCCGUUUAUCUUGCACUGGAAAGCCGGGUUUUAUUCGAGGUAUGGUAUGUGCUUCUACGCGCCUUCACAAUCCCAGAUCUCUACGGCCCGGAGACCUCGAUCGCCGAUGACCCAACGAAAACGCCGGGAUCGACUGAAACGAGUACCGCGUCAAUGACAGACAUGUUUCGGAUUGAGAGGAUGCUCAGCCUUCGAGUAACAGAGGCAAAACUAUUCCGGAACAAGGCUGCGGACGAGACCCGACGAAGUCGAAAGCAGUCCCGGUCCCAUAGCAGCUCCGGUUCGGCGUCCGCCGUGUGUGAUUGCUACACAGAAAUCUUGCUAGAUGGUGAAAUUCGAGCAAAAACUGCCGUCAAAUACCGCACGGCAAACCCUUUCUGGCGAGAAGAUUUCGAAUUCAAUGAUCUCCCCCCGGUCUUGUCGCAAGUUUCGAUCAUUGUCAAAACCAUUAACCCCACGCAGAAGGACUGGUCGCUUAUCGCGCAUGGAUCUUACCCCUUAUCGCAGGACACGAACCCUCUGCGGGCGUUGGAUGGUGUGGAGCUCUCCUCUCACGAUGCGACGCAUGGGCGGGUAGACUUGCGACUCGAUGAUUUCGAAACGGGAGUGGAGGUUGAGAAAUGGUGGCCAAUCCUGGAUGACCGGGACCAGCCCGUAGGUGAGAUGCUGAUGAAGGUCCGGAUGGAAGAAACCGUUGUUCUCAUGUCCCACGAGUACACGCCGAUAUCUGAGCUACUGCACUCCUUCACCAACGGACUCACCAUCAAUAUGGCUCACAUUAUGUCUUCCGAACUCAACCAACUGUCCGACGCGCUCCUGAACAUAUAUCAAGUGUCGGGGAGCACAGGCGAAUGGAUAUCCGCGUUGGUUGAGGACGAGAUAGACGGCGUCCACAAGGAGUCAACGGCGAACCGGCUCAGGUAUACUACUAGAAUCCAUUCGAACGACACCACCAGAGAGUCUGGACAGGAUCGGGAGGUGCUAGUUCGAGACAUGGGGCGGACGGCUACCGUGGAAGCGAAUCUAUUGUUCCGGGGAAACUCCUUACUCACCAAGGCGCUGGAUUUUCAUAUGCGCCGACUAGGCAAAGAAUACCUGGAAGAGACGAUUGGAGAGCGUCUACGCGACAUCGAUGAAAGCGACCCAGAGUGCGAAAUUGACCCUGCUCGUGUACAACGUCCCGACGAUGUUGAUCGGAACUGGAGAACUCUGGUCACCCUCACCACUGGUGUAUGGAAGUCCAUUGCUGGGUCGGCGUCUCGUUGUCCCUCCGAGCUGAGACUUAUCUUCAGACAUAUCAGGGCCUGUGCGGAGGACCGCUAUGGCGAUUUUCUGCGCACAGUAACCUACAGCAGUGUCUCGGGUUUUUUAUUUUUGAGGUUCUUCUGCCCGGCAAUCCUGAAUCCGAAGCUCUUUGGAUUGCUUAAAGAUCACCCUCGCCCCCGCGCUCAACGCACUUUGACCCUGAUUGCGAAGGCGUUGCAAGGCCUGGCCAAUAUGACCACGUUCGGUAGCAAGGAGCCGUGGAUGGAGCCGAUGAACAAGUUCUUGGUCACCAGUCGUGCGGAGUUCAAGCAAUUCGUCGAUUCCAUCUGCGCUAUACCGGCAGACCGACCGGCCCCCAUUGUCACUCCCUCAUACGCUACACCGAUCCAGAUUCUAGGUCGCUUGCCUCCCACAUCCCGCGAGGGUUUCCCAAGCCUUCCGUUCCUGAUCGACCAUGCGCGCAGUUUCGCCAAUUUAAUCAGCAUAUGGCUGGAAGUGGCGUCGGAAAGACUAGAUGACAUUGCAGAAACCGACUCGGCGGUUAAGAAAUUCCACGAAAUGGCAGUUCGCCUUCAUCAGCGCACUAGAGAGUGCAUGGGCAAGGCCGAGCAGGCCGAGCGCCCGAGUGGAAGCCUCGAGAUCAAGUGGGAAGAAUUGGUUGACUCCAUGGAACGGUCGGUAACCUUCUAUGAUGAUAGUUCGAAACCCACCACUCCGGCCACCGAGACAGCCAUGGUGGGAUCCGCGUCUCUGGCCGGCGGCAACCAUCGAAAUUCCAUUGGGUACUUCGCGACACGACCAUCCCUCCCUCGUCGGUCCACCGACUAUGGCGCCGAAGGCGACGAUGACACUCCGCCAAGUUCCUCGUCUGCCACCUGGGACCAAAGCCGGAUGCCCUUCUCGAUACCACGGUGGGACCCUCGCGAUAGUACUAGCAGCUCAAAAAAUUCCUCCACUUAUUCUCUUGAAUAUACCGGCGAAAGCUCUAAAACUCGCCGGUCCAGUAUGACCCGAGAAACUUCGAGCAAGUAUCGAUUCUUUGACUUUGUACCGGCGCCAUCCAGGCGCAAAGCAAAAGACCGGGAUAAUGGUCAACAGCAAUCCCGGGAAGAACUUCGAAAUGAAUUCUAA